AAGGUGAGGGAAAACUUCUGAUAGCUUUCGGAGCAUGGACAAAUCAUUCCCCGCUGGGAUUUAGAUUCACUGAGAUGUGAAGGCUGAUGUCCUCGAAUUGUUUUGGGGAGUUUCCUACCACCUCCCGCUUCCCUUAUGGAGUGGGGAUAUCAAUCAGCAUCAUGGAUGUCCAUGAGAGUUGGGGUCAAAACAGCCAAGAUGGCAGCUGCAACCCUGUAAUCAAAGCCCUGCUCCUUUCUCUGGAGCAUCAUGUAUACAUGUAUGGAAAAGGGGCAGAGCGUUGAUGCAUGGGUGUAGUUGUCACCUUCACUUUUUUGACCCCAGUGGGUGCUGUCUGUCUCAUUAUACAAUGCAGCGCAUAAUGGGCAUGCGCAAAAUUAAAAAUGCAUUAAAUGCAAUUGGAAACCCCCCAAAUAGGACGGUAUAACAAAACACAGAAAAUAGCAAAUGACGGCUGCAGGUAGCCAGAAGGCCCACAAGAGAAGGGUUUUCAGGAGGCCCCCAAGCUGGGAUUUCUUGAUUUCUUGGGUCAGAAAUCAGGACGGUCCACCUAGGGCUGCUGCGCAGGAGAGCGCAGAAACACUCGGCUGGUGCAAAAGCUGGGUGGUCUCGUGCGGAGAGGGGCUCCCCCAAGUGGAGCGGGAGGGGGCAAGGUUCCCAGGACAGCUGGAUGGGUGCAAGGAGUGGGAACCCUCCGGGCGGCUGAAGAACUUGGAACCCCCCAGCUUUUUCUUUCUUUGCAAGAGGCUUUUGGACAGCUGAGAAAAUCCCCAAGAUGGUUUUUGUUCUCUCUCUCCCCCCCAACUCCACCGCCGAAGGAUUAACAUGGGCUUCGGCCGGCCGGCCGGCCAGCCAGUGCCAGUAGAGCUCUCCGGGCACCGGGGCAAACCUGACGGGAGAGCUCAGGCGGCCAGCCCGCCCCACAGGUGCGGGGAUUGGCAGGAAGGGUCCUCGCCCGCGUCUCCCCGCGGGACCGCCCCCUUCCACCUCCCGAGGCGCGGCCCAGGUUCCCCUCCGGCCAACUGGGGGGAGGGUGGCCGGGGCGGUGGCCGGGCUGCACCAGCAGAGAAGGGGCCGGGGGGAGGGGCAGCGCCGCCCCCUCUUUUCCCCGGCGCUGCCGCCGCCCCCCAGCGUGACCAGCGCCCCACCUGCCCAGGUGUCUUCCCAAAGCGCUGGAAGGCCUGGGCGCGGGACAGCUGACCGGUUUGGGGGCCCCGGUGGGCGAGGGGGCCGGAGGGUGGGCACUGCCUCUUGCUCGGUCCCCUUGGUGGCGAUUUCUUCUCCUUUUCUCCCCAGCCAUGGCGCCGAAAAAGCCUGCUCCGCCGCCGCCGCCGCCGGCGGCAGGAGGGGUCCCUAUUGCGCCUCGCUUUAAAGCCGUUCCUCCAGAGAUUAAAUGGCGAAUAAUUAGAAUGUUUGGACUCGCCUGUUUCUGUACCUUCAUCGUAAUGACGGUUCUCUAUAUUCAGUUGCUUUUGUCGCCAGGCAACCCUCUGGAGCCAUCCAUGGCCCGCCUGAAGAGGAUCAUGGCCAAUGCCUUGAGAAAACCGUCUCUCAGUGGUGGAAGCCAUCUGAUGACAGCAGAAGAGGUAAUACAACUGCCGAACUACCUGGAAACAUCUGAAAAGGCUUACAAGGAGAAGAAAAUAAAGUACCAAUCCAUCUUUAAGAAAGGCACUGUGAAGUCCUCUACUGGCUGGAUGCUUUUUGAGAAGAGUCUCUACUACAUAUCAAAAGGAAGAAAGACCUGGUAUGAUGCUCAGAACUUCUGCCUCUCCAGAGAUGCCCACCUGGUCUCCAUCAUAACUGACAAAGAGCAGAAGUACAUCUCACGGCACCUCAAAGCGUCUGCCUGGAUUGGCCUGACCGAUGAAAAAGAUGAAGGCACCUGGGAAUGGUCGGAUGGGUCAAGAGUGACAGUACAGUACUGGGAUGCUGGCAGCCCCACCCGGUUACAGCAGAGAGAAGAAGUGGAGCGAGAUUGUGUGUUCAUAAAACCUUUGUCUGGUGCACGUAACUGGAAUGACGACAACUGCCAUGAACUUAAACAGUGGGUUUGUAAAGAGAUCCUAGUUACCGAAGAAUCAUAAUAUUUAAGCGAACCUACUACGUGGAGUGACCCUAAUGUGAAACCAAUUUUGUUUUUCUCCACCUAACACAGUAAAAUAAUGAACGAUAUCUUGUUGUGCUUGCAUCCUGGAACAAAGGAACAGACAUAAGGUUGAUUUCACAUAUGAGCUCUGCAACCAAGCCCAGACCUUGUGCAACCACCUCUUGGUCUCAGCCUAGACACACUUCCCACGUGACCUGAACUGUGGUUGACUCAGUGGUCUGGAUUCACAUGAUGUACUGGCUGUGCACUGGGUUCCUGCAGCUAGACUGAAAUGGGAUUGACUAACUUAUGGGUCAGCAUCUCAAGUGGACCUAGCCAAUAUAUUGGUUUAAGGCUGAGCAUCACCUUAAUCCAAGCCCAAGCUUUCUGUCCAAGCCAUUAGACCCAAGGAUGCGGAUCCAUCCUGUUUUCUCUGUGCAUUGUUCCAGGCAUCUCAGGGCACUCCUCCUGGACUUUCUCAUCUCCAAUAAUCUGCAGAAGGAAGGUCUUUUUCUUCAGGAGACCAUGUUUGUGGCAUCCCAGUAGAUAUUGGUGGUCUCUCCGCUCUGCAGAUCAUGCCAACUCUACCAUGCCUGCGCAAUCC